AUGGGGUUGAAAACUACAGAGUUCUUUGAAAACACCUCCUACGACUCAAAGAACAAUAAAAUCUUUGUCUGCAACGAAUGUCUGUCCCAUUUAUGCCUUUCGAAUUUGGUUAUCUCUGACCAGUUCACUGGUGCUUCCGGUAACGCCUAUUUGGUUGAUAAGCUUAUCAAUGUUCAGCCUGACGGGCCUGACCAGGAGAAAACGUUUCGGACAGGCGUUUACGUGGUCAAUGAUAUCCGCUGCUCCCAGUGCCGUACCCGUUUGGGCUGGUACUACAAGAAACUGGCUGCCUAUGCUGAAGCCUACAAAGAGGGCAAGUAUGUAGUGGAAAGGGCAUUUAUACGUGAAGUUCCCAACCACUCCUCCACCGCUUCUCUCUUGCAACAAGCUCGCCUGCUGCGCCGCCGCCGGUCCUCUGCCAAUAGCGUUGCUAGUUCUGUGGAUGACGACUCUCUGGUUGAGUCCUUUCGCAGAAGACGCUCGGAUGACUUUAAAUUUGGCACUGUUAAUAUCAAGAUCGACCUGGCUCGGAUAGUCCCUGGCGCUAGAACCGCUCUGCAGCGGUUUCUGGCGGUGAAGGACGACUUUGACGAGCACGACGAGGACCCCAAUGUCUUUGUCGAUGCCUAG